AACAAUCACAAAACGCUCAUUUGUUGCUGCAAUUGCUUUUUCGUUCGUUGUGUGCGCGCGUUCUGCAUUUUGUAUUUUUAGUUUUUAUAUUUUUUUAAUUUUUGUGAAUUAAGUGCUUCGAAUACAUUUGAAAUUUGCAUACGCUGCAGCAGCAGCAUUAGGCAGCAAUACACAAAAACGACAGCAAAAUGCAUUGACUGUGAGAUUUUGUUAGUACCAAAGAAGGCGCUUGCAUUGCGUCUCUGUCUUCCCAUCUUCGACAUUAAUAUUCACAAAGCCUGCGUUUAAUACUAUAACAUAUUAAUAGCGAUCGCGGCAUAUUCACCUCACAACAACAUUAUGAUGCCGAGCACUUUCAUUGCUAGCUGCCUGUUGCUCUUCAUUCUGCCCGCUGCCCUCUUUGCCACGCCCGCCUCUAGCUCCACGCCAGCGAGCUCAACUCAAGGCGAUCUAGAAGCAAUCAAUGGCACAACAAAUUAUCGACUGUAUGGCAAAAAGGGCAAGGACGACAAGCCAUGGCUGAUUGAUCUCGACAGCCGGCACAUACACUGUGUGCGUCGUUCACGAUGCCUCGAAGUCAAUGCGACACACAACACUUGCUUGGGUUCCAAGUUGCCCUACGGCUUUACCAGUCUGGGCUUGACGGACUAUCGCCAGGAGAAGGAGUUGGAUGAGGCCUUGAGUGGCUACUAUGCGCUAAGACAUGUGCCCAAGUGCUGGGCUGUUAUACAGCCAUUUUUGUGCGCUGUUUUCAAGCCCAAGUGCGAGGUAAUCAAUGGUCAGGACAUGGUCUACCUGCCUUCGUAUGAAAUGUGCAAGAUUACCCUCGAGCCCUGCCGCAUGCUGUACAACACAACAUUUUUCCCGAAAUUUCUGCGCUGCAACGAAACCUUGUUUCCCAUGAAGUGCAGUAAUGAUGCCCGCGAAAUGAAAUUCAAUGUAACGGGCAAAUGUUUGGCACCUUUGGUGCCCGCCGACAACGCGGCGAGCUAUUAUCCCGGCAUUGAGGGCUGCGGCGUGCAAUGCAAGGAUCCGUUGUACACGGACGAUGAGCAUAGACAGAUUCACAAGCUCAUUGGAUAUGGUGGAACUUUAUGCCUGCUGUCGAAUCUGUUUGUGGUCGCAACUUUUCUCAUUGACUGGCAGAAUGCCAACAAAUAUCCAGCUGUCAUUGUAUUCUACAUCAAUCUGUGCUUUCUUAUCUCCUGUUUUGGUUGGCUUGUGCAGUUCACGUCGGGUUCUCGCGAGGAUAUCGUCUGUCGCAAGGAUGGCACACUGCGUCACUCGGAGCCCACGGCCGGCGAGAAUCUCUCCUGUAUUGUGAUAUUUGUGCUUGUAUACUACUUUUUGACUGCCGGCAUGGUGUGGUUUGUAUUCCUCACCUAUGCGUGGCAUUGGCGGGCCAUGGGCCAUGUGCAAGAUCGCAUCGACAAGAAGGGUUCAUACUUUCAUCUGGUGGCUUGGUCGCUGCCCUUGGUGCUAACGAUCACAACGAUGGCGUUGAGUGAGGUUGAUGGCAGCGGCAUUGUGGGCAUCUGUUUUGUUGGCUACACAAAUCAUUCGAUGCGUGCCGGUUUGCUGCUUGGACCUCUAUGCGGCGUCAUUCUAAUUGGUGGCUAUUUCAUAACGCGUGGCAUGAUAAUGCUGUUUGGCCUAAAGCAUUUUGCCAACGACAUUAAAUCCACAUCGGCUAGCAAUAAAAUCCAUUUAAUUAUUAUGCGCAUGGGCGUCUGUGCGUUGUUAACAUUAAUUUUCAUUCUCGUUGCCAUCGCCUGUCAUGUGACGGAGUUUCGCCACUCUACCGAAUGGGCCGAAAGCCUUAGGCAGUACAUAAUUUGUCGCAUCACCUCGGUGUUUGAUGAGAACAGCGUGUGUAAGAUCGAGAAUCGUCCCAGCGUCGGCGUGCUUCAGCUGCACUUGCUUUGCCUAUUCAGUUCGGGCAUUUUAAUGUCCACGUGGUGCUGGACUCCGUCCUCCAUUGAGACCUGGAAGCGUUACAUCAAAAAAAAGUGUGGCAAGGAGGUCGUCGAGGAAGUCAAGAUGCCCAAACACAAGGUCAUUGCACAGACUUGGGCCAAGCGCAAGGACUUUGAGGACAAGGGCCGACUAUCUAUAACUCUCUACAACACGCACACCGAUCCAGUGGGCCUAAAUUUCGAUGUGAACGAUUUGAACUCGUCCGAAACGAACGAGAUAAGCUCCACUUGGGUGCAUUAUUUGCCGCAAUGUGUGAAACGUCGCAUGGCCCUGACUGGCGUCACAACAGGCAACACAAACUCCUCCAGUCAAGGCCAGGCUGGACGCAAGAACUCGCUGGACUCGGAGAUUAGUGUGAGCGUGCGUCACGUGUCUGUGGAAUCGCGUCGCAACUCAGUCGACUCGCAGGUCUCAGUGAAGAUUGCCGAAAUGAAAACUAAAGUUGCUUCACGUUCGCGACAACAUGGCAAACAUGGUGGUUACGCCUCGAGCAGCAAUAAGCGCACACAACGGCGUCGCGAUUUCAUUGCGGCCAGCAGCGGACGCACCAAAUACAGCAGCGCCGGUGGACGUGGACGACGGGAGAGCAGCACCUCGGUGGAGUCGCAAGUGAUUGCGCUGAAGAAGACCACGUAUCCAAAUGCUAGUCACAAAGUGGGCAUGUUUGCCCAGAGCACCAAAAAGCAGCACAACAGCAGUCGGCGUCGCAAUGGGGGCCUCGACCCCACAAUCAUCAACGAAUUCAUACAAAAGAAUGGACAGUUUAUAUUGCCAUUUCUGCAGAAUCAAGGCAUGACCACGUCCUCAGACGAGGAAGAAAAUUCGCGUGCCUCGUUCAAGAUACAAGAUCUCAAUGUGGUGGUCAAGCAGGAGUUAAGCGACGACGAUGACGAUGAUGAUGAUGUCGAUGCUGGGCCAAAAAUCCAAGAGCUGCCCAACAAUGGCAACAAGGCGGCGGCAUUAGAACAUUUUCUGAAGCACAUGCAAAAGUCUGGGGAAUCCAAUCGUCAUUCUCGCAACUCGCAGCGUAGUCGCAAGUCACGCAAUAAGGAAUCUACCAACAAGUCUCACAAACACGGCGGCUUGGAGUUGGAUCUCGAUCUCGAUAUGGAUUCGAAUAGUGAUUUCAAGCACAAAUAUGCACGACAAUUGGCUGCUGCAAUUGAUGUCAACGGUGACUCAUUGAGCUGCUCCUCGGCUGAACUCGAUAUUCCACUCGACAUCAUGUUGCACAGCUCGUACUCGGGACUCUCAACAGGCAAACCAAAUUCACGCAACAGCAAGACUAGCUGUGAUGUGGGCAUACAGGCCAAUCCCUUCGACAUUGCCACACACACGUUGCCCAGCUAUGGAAACGAUGAACUGCAGCAGGCGAUGCGAUUGCUCAAUGCGGCAAGUCGUCAGCGCAAUGAACUGCUGUCGGAGGAAGCUACGGAAAUGCAAUCGCUGCUUGGACCACGACAUCAGAAGGAACCAACGAUUAUGAGCGAAUCGGACAAGCUUAAAAUGCUGCUACUGCCCUCUAAAUAGAGAGAGCAACAACUUGCAUCCCACUUAACGAAAUGCAUUUACUUAAGUUUCAAAAACUCUACUCUUCCACUACAACAUCGAAUUACGAAUUAACGAAUACUCAUAGCCAUUAAGUUUUUGAAAAGUGUUUACAAAUCUCAAACGAAAACUAGUAUCUUUAAGCUUUUGUCUGUGUGUUACCCAUUUUAUAUAUACUAUAUAUUGUCGCUAUAUUGACAGUCUAGACUAGUGAAUCUUUAGCAUCUAUGUAUGUUGUUUUAAAUGUACAAAUAAGUUGCCCUAUUGGGCAAACUCACACAAACAAAAAACGAAAACUGAAACGAAUUGUGUUACAAAAAAGUGCCUAAAAAAAUGAUUACAAUUAAGAUUUUUGUAACUAAUAAACCGAUUUUAAAUCCUAUUUUAAACAUCCCCAACUAAAAUGUUGUAUUUUUAGAACCAAGAGGGAAAUCUCAAUUAUAGCUACAUGUUGUUUACAUUACAGAUAUAUCACAAAUCAGCACAAGUUCUAAUUCCGUUGCGUUUAUUUUCAUUUGUCUAACAAGCAAAAUAAACAAAUUAAAUUUCAUCUCAACUAUAAAUGAUGUCUUGGUGAUAAAAUACAAUGAAGUUUGUUAUUGUCGAAAGCAAACUAUUAAAACAUCAAUUAUUCUCAAGAUCAAGCAAAACAAAUUAAUCAUUGUGGAAAUGUGUUAUGCUUAACCUGGUUUUAAAUGUCCCAUAGAGGAACUUAUAAACUAAUGACUCAAAAUGUCAUAGAGGAAAAAGUUUAUCAAAUAUCUUCAUUAAAAACUAUAAAAUUAUGCAGAAUUAUAUUUUUAGGAAAAGUAUCACCCUUUAUGGUAUGUGUAUAAAAAUAGAACAGUGUGGAGUAGUAAAGCAUUCGCUAAAGCAACAAACAAUAUUCAAAAGUUGCAGUUUAAGCUGAAAAUAGCUUAAUUCAACGAAACCAUAUUAAAACAAUGAAGAAAGAUGAUAGUCCAAAAAAGGUCAGUACAGGUUUGGGAAAUAACCUCUGGACUUAUAGAGCAGGUAGCAUGACAACGCCUUAGCCCAGAACGAGGGCGUUUCGGUGGUAAAACAGCAGAUCACAACAAGAUGGCCCAACAGCUGAUUGACAACGCAGAGUUGCAUUUUGGAAGCUUUCGAGACAAGUUACCAAUGGGUGUGGCAGACCAACCACAGCCUCCCACUCACAAUAUGCAAAUGCAGCUGCUUUAAGAUUUUGCUAAUUGGAAUUGCUAAUCGAUUAGCUUAGAUUGUGAUAACCGUUGGCGCCAUUUUGAAAAGUUAAAAUCGAUUGUUUCUAAUAAGUUAGAUUUCUUUUAAUUUUUAUUGUAAUUGUAAUAAUAAUUGUAGAAUUGCAAUGACUCUAAAAUCGAAAUGUACAGGUA